CUCCCCUCCCCGCGCUUCCCGGAGACCCUAUUGGUUGUGCACGGGCCGUCGGUAAGGAGCUGACACACCGUCCCCGCUGACUUCCCUCAGGUCCGCUAUAAAACGCGCGCGUCACUCUCCUCCCGGGCCAAACACGCCGUCACCACUGAUCCGGAAUAACAAAGUCAAUAGAGCAAGUUGCACUUGCACGCGCUGCACCCGCUUUCGGCACUGGCCAAUAAAGAUCUUGUGAAAACAGCUAGAGUUGAUCUAUGAGCCAUGGACUCCGACACAAGCAGAGUGUCCAGUCGGCCCUCCUCUCCGGAAGGAGAUGAUCUGUUCCUCUCUGCGGUGAAGAAAUCGGCGGGUUUCUCGGGCGCAGUGUCGUCUACGCAGAGUGACUCACCCCCGGAGCUGAGCGCGGACAUGCGCGGCCUUUCGAGCGGCGACGACAACGCGCUCGGCCUAAAGAUGUUCUCCAAGAAAGACCGCAAGCUGCUGUCCGAGAAUGAGCUACAGAGCAUCCGCCUGAAGAUCAACAGCCGCGAGCGCAAACGCAUGCACGACCUGAACAUAGCCAUGGACGGCUUGCGCGAGGUCAUGCCUUACGCGCAUGGGCCCUCGGUGCGCAAGCUCUCCAAGAUCGCCACGCUGCUGCUGGCGCGCAACUACAUCCUCAUGCUUAGUAACUCGCUCGAAGAGAUGAAGCGACUCGUCAGUGAGAUCUACGGGGGUGGAGGUGGAGGCGGCAGCGGCGCCCACCACGCGACCUUCCACCCGGCUGCCUGUGGCACUCUGGCGCACGCCACAGCUCCACUGGCCAGCCAUGCAGCUGCUGCUGCCGCCGCAUCUCAUCCGGUUCACCAUGCGCUACUCCCUCCAACUGUGUCCAGCGCAGCAGCUUCUCUGCCAGCGCCAGGCCUUUCGGCCGUGGCCUCAGUCAGACCGCAUCACGGACUCCUGAAGGCGCCGUCGGCCGGAGCGAGCCCCCUCACCUCGGGCUUCCAGCACUGGGGCGCGAGCAUGCCGUGCCCGUGCAGCAUGUGCCAGGUCCCCGCGCCCCACGUGCCCGCCAUGAGCUCGGUCAGCAUGCCGCGCCUGGCCAGCGACUCCAAAUGACUCAAGAACUUUUUUAAACAUGCGGAUAAAUACUAAGACUUUAUAUUAAGAGACACUCAAAGACCGUUCCUGGUUUGAUACCGCCUCAUACAUGUCUUCGUGCCAUAAUUGGCUUUGUCUCCAAAAAUAAGUUGCGGAUGAAUUGGAGCAUUUAGAAAGACAGCUCAGUGACACUAACAUAGAUUUUUUUUUUUUUUUUGCUAACAUGUUAGCUGAAGUAGGUUUUACAGCAGGGUACAUUUAUUUCUGAGUCUAUUCUGUCUCUUUCAAGAAACAAAACUGGGAUGUAUAACCCAAACCUUGGCGAAAAGUGUGUAAAUAAAUAUGUAAAUAUGUAGUGUUUGUACAGUAUGAGAGCUUUUAUAUUAGUUUUGGGGUGAAUUCGUUUACCUGAGACUGAAGUCGUAUUGCACCUGCUCAUCUCUCUCUUUCUUUUUUUCCCUUUCUCCCUUCCCUCUUUUGUUUCCUUUUUCUUAUUUUGCUCCUGUUUUACUGUUGUCACUGUCCGACACAAAGAAUGAUCAUUUUUAUUUUUUAUAAAAGUGUGAAACGAUAUUUAUUUACUUAUUUUCGAUGAUAUGUUAAAUGAAUGAGGAAUGUGUUGAAAAUGUAAAUGUAGUCAAAUAAAAUAAUUGAUAAUAA